AGAACAAACGCCACCCUCCCCACUCCCCAAGGAGCAGAGAUUCAUCGGGGGCCGAAUCGAUCGUCAAAAUCAGAUUUUGCGAAUUUUGCAGACAUCCCUUCCACCUGAUUUUCCCCCCCUCCAGGAGGAGUCUGAAUCGAAUCGAACUCCUGCGUCGGAUCCUCCUCCUGGGAAUCUUUCCUUGAUCCUCUGCCAUGGCGACCGAUAGUUUCGCGGACAAGAACGCCGUGUUCAGGAAACUGAAGGCGAAAUCGGACAAUAAGAUGUGUUUCGAUUGUAAUGCGAAGAACCCCACCUGGGCAUCGGUGACCUACGGGAUCUUUCUCUGCAUCGACUGCUCCGCGGUUCACCGCAGCCUCGGUGUCCAUAUCAGCUUCGUCAGGUCCACAAAUUUAGACUCGUGGACCCCAGAACAGUUGAAAACUAUGAGUUUUGGGGGAAACAACCGGGCACAUGUGUUUUUUAAGCAACAUGGAUGGACCGAUGGAGGAAAGAUUGAGGCAAAGUAUACAUCAAGGGCUGCUGAGCUGUAUAGGCAAAUACUUGCAAAAGAAGUUGCUAAAAGUAUGGCUGAAGAUACUGGUUUGCCGUCGUCACCAGUUGCUUCUCAGGCAGCACAAGCAUCCAAUGGGUUUUCAGAUGACAAGAUCAGCGAAGCUCCAAAAGAAAGUUCCUUGGAGAAGCAAGAAGCGCCUGAGGUCUCUGCUUCUCCAAAGGCAUCUUAUACUGCUGUAACAUCCUCCAUGAAAAAGCCUCUGGUUGCCAAGAGAUCUGGAAAGACUGGGGGCCUCGGUGCCCGGAAGUUAACUUCUAAGCCUAGUGAAAAUCUUUAUGAUCAAAAGCCUGAAGAGCCUGUCGUUCCAGCUCCUGCUCCGAGCAACAGCACUCCUAUGGCUGGACCAUCCCUUGCAUCUCGCUUUGAGUAUGUAGAAAAUGUUCAAUCCUCAGAGACAAGUUCUGGAGGCACUCAUGUACUCAGUCAUGUAGCUCCACCGAAGUCAUCAAACUUCUUUGCAGAAUUUGGUAUGGACAGUGGUUUCCCAAAGAAAGGGAGCUCUAAUUCCUCCAAAGUGCAGGUUGAGGAAACUGAUGAAGCAAGAAAGAAGUUUUCAAAUGCAAAAUCAAUUUCAUCAGCACAAUUUUUUGGGGAUCAAAGUAAAUCAGGGGUCGUCGAAGCUCAAGCCUCCCUGCAGAAAUUUUCAGGGUCAACAGCAAUUUCCAGUGCCGAUCUUUUCGGCCACGACCCGGAUGCUGCAAUCGACAUCUCAGCAAGCGACCUUAUCAACCGCCUCUCUUUCCAGGCUCAGCAGGACAUAUCAUCACUCAAGAACAUUGCCGGUGAGACUGGGAAGAAGCUCACCUCCUUGGCUUCUACUUUAUUGAACGAUCUUCAGGACAGAAUCCUUUAAUGUGUAUCUCUUUGUCGUCUGUCUUGUCUCUUAAAUUUUUUUUUCCCUUGGUUUUUCCUUUUUUUUUUUUUCUUCCUUUAGAAGGGAAAAUGAGGGGGGAGUCUGUUUCCUUUUUGCUUACAUUAGCCAGCAAUCCAACUCCUUUGUAAUUUGGUGAAUGUAAACGAGAGAGUGUCAGUGAAGGAAGAAUUCAUUCUAAAGACCAAUAAAAGACCUUAAAAUAUUUUGAGAGCUUUUUACUGUA